CUGUGUGAGGGUGUCAGGUCCCCUGGAACUUGGGUUACAGACAGCUGUGGGCUACGGAGUGCUGGCUGCUGAGCCCACCCUUAGCAAACUGAACUGGCUGGGGAUACACAUCUGGGGAGUGGGGUAGGUGAAAGCUAACGAACUAAAACAAUUAAGAACAAGCAAAAACAGUUGUGCAGCCCAGGCCGGGAGUGCAGCCCAAUCAGCCAGGUCAAACCGGGCAUCUCAGCUGAAUGAUUGGCCAGACUCAGGCAGAAGGAGCACGAAGUUCAAAGGGCAGGUAGAGGAUCGUCAUGUAGAGGGACCCUCUGGGUAGAGGACAAGGGCUUCCUGUGCCUUGAAAGGGAUGAGGAAUUUAUCCAAGAAGUGCUUACUCUGGGAGCUACAGCUGUCCACCUGAAAGGCCUCUCCCCACCCACGGGGCAGGCUGACUCUGCCACCCACUUGAGGCCUCAGGGAAAAGAGACCUUGGCUUAUUGGGGGAAAGCUCAAGAUGGAGCUACUGGAGCAGGGUUUGGGGUAUCACUGAUGGUGGGCUGUAGUGCCAGGGCCGACCGGGAGGCAGAGCUGGGUUUUGAAGGACUAAACUCAAGGGUAGAAGUCAAAAGUGCGGCUGAGGUUACAGUUGGGAUUUAGAACUAAAAGGUCCACAAUCAGCUAGACUAACGGGCUGGAGCUGAGGUUUCAAAUCCAGGUGUGGGGCUUCCCGCUGGCUAUCCUCCUGCCUCGGCCUUUCAGAGCGCAAAGUUUACAGGCCUUGAAAGUAAACGUGCAGGCUUGGCGGUAGGUAUUCAGGGAGGAGCUAAAGACCUAACAGCAGCAGACAGAAGCCCCUCCCUUCCCAGGAAUGUCUCGGCCCCACAGAAGACGCAGGGCCACGUCAGCCAAUUGGCUCUGGCCCUGCCCUGGAAACAGCACCUGUUAAUCCCCUCUCCUUCCAGCUCACCUGGAUGCAGGUUAGGCAGGUGAAGCGUCUCCCCGGAAACGGAGCUAGAGCGCCCCACCUGCUGGGUUCUGCCUGCUUAAAUCGGAUCCGGCGCAGCCAGGCUUCUCAUAAGGACUCUAAGACGUGAACUGUCCCAGGCAAGCCCCUCCAGGCCUCGGCAGCUGGCACCUACAGGAUCUGUCUCUCCUGCUGCAGGAAGCUGGACUCCUGGCCGGCAGUGCUAGCUUUAUUUUUACCUGGUGACCCAGCAGUGACAGCUGAGGCCAUGUGAGUCUGAUCCUGAAUGAGGCUUUAUCUCUGACUGUUCGUCCCAUCAUCCACUGUGGCACCAGCUCCCUCCCGCAGCCUAGAUGGAGACCAGCAGAGCUGGAGAGGUGAUGGUACCAGUAGCCUGGACUGAGAGGAAGAGACUGGGCCUCUAGCUGCCAACCAGAUGAUGGAGACACCAGGCCAUGAUAAACACCGUCUGAGCCCUGACAUUGAUCUCACCUGACCAAGCCAUGUCCCAACAAGCCUCAGUGGCCAGGGAGCUGCCCCCAGAUGUGCUGGCAGAGCAGGUGGAGCUGUGGUGGUCCCAACAGCCCCGGCGCUCCUUGCUCUGUUUCUCCGUGGCCGUGGGCCUUGUGGCUGGCUGUGGGGCGGGCGGCGUGGCCCUGCUGUCCUCCACCAGCAGCCGCUCUGGCGAGUGGCGACUAGCCGUGGGCACCGUGCUCUGCCUGCUGGCCCUGAUGGUUCUGGUGAAGCAGCUGAUGAGCUCCGCGGUGCAGGAUAUGAACUGCAUCCGCCAGGCCCAGCACGUGGCCUUGCUGCGCAGCGGUGGAGGGGCUGAUGCUGUUGUAGUACUGCUCAGUGGCUUUGUGCUGCUGGUCACUGGCCUGACCCUGGCUGGGCUGGCUGCUGCCCCGGCCCCAGCUCGGCCACUGGCUGCCAUGCUGUCUGUGGGCAUUACCCUGGCUUCCUUGGGCUCAGUCUUGCUGCUGGGUUUGCUGCUGUAUCAGGUGGGUGUGAGUGGACACUGCCCCUUGAUCUGUACAACUGCACCCUCCACCCAAAAUGGCCACGGUGGUAACAGCAGCAUCUUUAGCAUCUCGGGACAGUUGUCCUCUGGCCAGCGUCAUGAGACCACCUCCAGCAUUGCCAGCCUCAUCUGACAGACCUGACUUCUUCCCAUGACCUGACUCAGUGUCCCCAGAGCAUUGGCAGGACACAUACAGGAGCAUGCAUAUAUGUCUGCUCCCACCCCGCUGCCACGGGAUUGCAAAGGACGUGAUUAGGAGCUCACGUGUACCUGACACAUCCACACUGUGAGAGGGUGCAUGACGGAUGCCUCCUUGGGGCUGAAUGCCUGUGUCCGUGGACUGUCAUGCUCUCUGCCUGGCUCUGGGGUCUCUAGGCACAUCUGGAAUCCCUGAAGGCUUGGCUUGUAUCUCCAAGACCCUACAACUCCAGCCUUGUCCUACGGCAUGAAUACACCAGCCAUUGUUCUUCAGAGAGAGACUCUUGGCAAAGCAGAGGGAAGUGGGGUGAGAGGGACCUGGACCGGAAACGCCUUUGAGUUUGUAACCUAGCAGCUGGGGCCUGGGCAAGGUGACUGUUAGCCUCUCUUGCCUCAGUUCUUCGAACAGUGUUGCAUCGGUUGUUAGGAUUAAAUCAGUGAGUGAGAUGAGAUGGCUGGACCCCUGGCAGAUGCGCAAUAAAAGGGUGACGACAGUUGCUGCUGCCUUCACCUCACCUUCUCAGAGAGCCUCCUUCCCCAAUCCCACAGAACACUCAUUUCAGGCUUUGGGGCCAGGAUGUUGUCUUUAGCCAGACCUGGGGUUUCUUUUCUCAUGAGAGAAGGGGGAAGGGUCAAGAGGGUUACACAGGUUUCUGGACCUAGAGAGAGUAGGGGAACCCAGUCCCUCACAUUUGUUCACUUGCUAAUUCAAAGGGAGAUUUAGCCACAGGUAUUGGUGACUUUCUUUAGAAAUGCGCCCUCUUCCCUAUAUAGUCUGCCUUCUGUAGAUUCCCUGAGGGAUAGCUUGGAGGAUAUGUCUCCCUCCCCUACUUGUGAAAAAAAGGACAGCCUGCAAGUACCAGUUGGCCCGCUUCUGGGUUCCAGACGCAGGAGAGGUAUUCAAGCCCUUCUGAGGCCCGCAAGCAAGUCACUUCCUGCUUGGAGUCACUGUGGAAGGGGUCGCUCUUUCUGUGGUAUGCGUUUCCAGGUAACAGGAAUGUAGGUUCCUGCUUUUGCCACUUCCUGCUACACAAGGUGCAGAUUAUGUGACAACCCCCGAGAGACCUGUCUCCUAAAAGAUGCUGAUGCAGGAGAAACUUAAAGAAGUAAAAUUGAUGCUGUAAAGCAGCAUUUCCUAGCCUGCGGGUUGUGAUCCACUUGGGGUCGAGUGAACUUUUCACAGGGGUCACAUAUCAGAUAUCCUGCAUGUCAGAUAUUUACCUUAUGAUUUAUAACAGCAGCAAAGUUACAGUUAGGAAGUAGCAAAGAAAUAAGUUUAUGAUGGAGAGGGUCACCGCAACAUGAGGAACUGUAUUAAAGGGUCACAGCAUUAGGAAGGUUGAGAACCACCGGUAUAAAGGAUUUACUAAAAGAAAUCUUGCUUGAGAAAUAUUAAAUUACACCAGUAGAAUUUAGCUAACGGAGCACUGCCUCCAACAUGAAGAUAAGUCGUACUCUAACCAGUCUUGCUAGGAACUGCGAGAAAGAAAACCUGUACCACGACUGAGGUUGGGCUUUGCUGAGAAAGUUUCUGCUGUUUAUUCACCAAGAUUGCCCUCCAAUUAGGCUCCACUCCCUGAUUUACAACUAGCCAUUAGACCCAUCCCCCUGUCAAAGAAUGCGCCUCCUAGGGGCAGCUAAGUGGACAGGGCAGGGCACAACCUGGUCUGCCACUGAGCCCCCUCCUCACCGUCCUCCCCCCCCCCCCGCCGUGCUCUAUCAGGGAGGCACAGUUCCGCCAGGUGGACAAGAUGGACCUCAUAAUGACUGAUUAACGGAGCUGCAGGCUUUGAUGAGGACAAGCCGCUUUCAGCAGACAGGGCAAACAUCUCCUGGAGGGAUGCAGGGCUAGUAAACAAGGGGAAGGGGACUGCAAACUGAGAAGGGGAAGGUGGGCAGAGCCAGGGGAGGAGGAGCAGCUCAUGUCCUAGAAUGCCCAGAACAACUGAAACCCGUCUUCUGAAUGUUCCAUGGGGCUUCAUCCCUCUGCACAUUCAACCUGGGAUCACUGCUCUCUAUCUUAGGAGCUCCCACUCUGCUCCAAAGGCGCCACUAGUCAUCGUAGUUCCCCCCACCCCCACCCCACCCUCCACCCCCCACCCCGGCAUCCAAGUCAGAGACGCAGACACUGGAGGACAUUCACUGUCUCCUCUCCCAAGACCAACAACAAUACAUCUCUGAUCCCCUCAUAGACAUUUGCCUGACAACACACAGCUCUACAUUCUUCAGAAGGGACCCCCUUUGUGUGAUCAUCAUAAAACUAAAAUGAAAUGAAAAUCUACCUUAAAAUGUU